GGCAGCGCCUGUUGCCGGCGGCAGCCGCCCCUCGCUAACUACCCCAGAGUGCUGAUAUGGCAGGCGGACUCUGGGUUCAAUUAUCACCCAUGAUGACACCGAUGGCUACAGCACGGGAUUUCUCUUCGCUGAUGCGGUGAGGCAGUGUGUGCUGCCUGUAAUCGGUGGGGCAGAGCUCACUGCGAUACCUUGUUUUCAUCCAGCGUGGUUGUUUAGUAGGCUUUGGAAACAUUUUUGGUCUUCCAGAUCAGAGUAAGGCAAGCUUCAAAGAAUGAAAACAUGGAAAAGCCAGAGCCAUUCUACAGACUUCCAGUGUCAAAGCAGAAGACCAGUUCUGAGAUUAUAAAUGAAGCCAGAGGUGUUCUACGAACACUAAGAACUCAGAGGCCAUUUACACCUGCAGAGGAUCAAAGGAAACUUUUUGGAUCUGGAUCUUCACGGGCUCCUCAAAAUAGACCUCCUUCAGUUUUUAGUCUUCAUGCUUCCAGUUUUGAUUUGGCUGAAUCAAGGCCUGCUUCUGGUGUUCGUCUUAGCCCAUUGGAUUAUAAGCCAAUAGUAGUCAUUUCAUCUAAGGCUGAAGAUUCUUCUGUUUCCCUUCCAAAGCCUGCUGUGGAUGCUGCAGAGGUUAGGAAAAUCAGCAACGCUAGGGCACAGUUAUUUAGAAGAACUUCUCAGGGAGAUGCCUUUCCUGCUAAAAUGGCUCCAAUGGAUCACUAUGGAGAAAAGCUUGAUUGUGAAGAACCAGCUAUGAUGAGUAGUCUUCACGGAACUAAUGAUAACUGCUUAGCAGAGCAGAGGGCAUACACACCAUUUAAUGACAAAGGCAGGCAAUUAAUUUGUAAUGAGCAUAGUGGUAAACCGGAAAGGGAAGAUGUUCUAAAAGGCACAGCAGGAAAACUUUUAUUUCAGCUAAAAGGUGAAAGUAACCAGAUGAAAAAGCAUGGCAUAGUUGCAUCAAAGCCAAGGAGUACAGACUGGAAAAGAAGGUUAACAGGAGUAGAGGAUGAUACGAGAAUAGAUGAAUUGGAAGAGGAAAAAAGCUUUUGGCAUUUGAAGGUUCUACCAAUUCUGCAAGAACUGGAAAGUGAAGACAACGUAGAAAGUCUUUCUUUGGCUUGCACCAAACUCUAUCAAGUCUUGAAUGAAGGAAAUAUGCUUGGAAAAAGAUUUAAAAGAAGAAGUAUGCUUCUGAAGACAUUAUAUAAACUUGUAGAAAUUGAUUCAGAUCCACUUUGCCUGAAGCUGGCAAAGAUUAUUCUGUCUAUGAAAGUGGAUGGAAAAAAUCUUCUCGGAGCCUGCAAGCUUGCAUUUAAAGUUUGCAGGAAUGGAAAAAAUGACUACCUCAUUCAAAAUGAUACAUUACUAGAUUGUUUGUUGGAGGUCCUGAGAACUGAAGAUCUACAAAAAAACAGUGAAGCUAUCCUGUAUUGCCUGGGAGCUAUAAAAUUUAUGUCUGGAAAUGCAGUGCUCCUUAAUGAAAUGGUCGGCAAAGGAGCUGUUGAAAUGUUGCUGCAGUUAAUGAAGCAGAUUAAUAAUAUAAAAGAAAAUGACUCGCAUUUCUCCACCGUGGGCCACCUAUUAGUCCAGCUGACAGCUACUUUACGAAACUUGGCUGACUUACCUCAGACAAGAUGCCAGCUCAUUUGCAGUGGUGCUGUCUAUGAGCUCUGUGUGGCACUGGAGCAGCAUAUGAAUGACAAGGAUGUGUGCACCUACAUUGUCAGGAUUUUCAGCAAACUUUCUUCGUACAAUGACUUCUGUGCAGCUUUAGCAGACUGCUCCAGAUGUUACAUCUUAUUUUUAGCCCUGCUAAACAAACACCAGAAACAGCAGGACUUGGUUAUCCGUAUCAUCUUUAUUCUUGGUAAUUUAACAGCAAAGAAUAACCAGGCCCGGGAGCAAUUUUUUAAAGAAGAAGGAAGCGUUAACACCUUGAUGUCAUUAUUCCAAACCUACCAUGAACUUGAUUUGAAUGAAGAGAAAUGGUACCAUGAAAGAGGAAGGGAAGAAAAAAAAAAUCCAAAGCAUCCUUCCAAAGCAGAAGAUGUUCUGAUAAAACUGAUACGAGUGCUGGCCAAUCUGUCCAUUCAUCCCAGUGUAGGAGCGGCUUUGGCAGCUGCCCAUCGUGUUGUAGAAUUACUUGUUACAGUACUAGAAUACAAGUCAAUUGAAGUCUGUGAGGAGUUGGUGAUCAAUGCUGCAACAACAAUCAACAAUUUAUCCUUCUACAAAGUGAAGAGUUCUGCAGUUCAAGACAAGAAGCUACGCAUUGCUGAAAUGCUUUUAAAGCUGUUAAUGAGCAACAAUAUGGAUGGAGUUGUGGAAGCUGUCAGAGUCUUUGGCAAUCUUUCCCAGUAUCAUGAGAUCUGUGACUUCAUCGUACAGAAAAAGAUACACAAGUUCGUGAUUGCUUUACUUGAUGCCAAGAAUCAAGAUGUCUGUUUUUCUGCCUGUGGAGUCUUGCUCAAUCUCACAGUAGAUAAGGACAGACGAGCUCUUCUGAUGGAAGAAGGAGGAAUUGGGAAGUUAGUUGACUGCUUACGAGACUUUGGGCCAGCAGACUUGCAGCUGGCUUGUUUGAUAUGCAAAACCCUCUGGAACUACAGUGAAAACAUCACAAGUGCAGCCUUGUGCUUUGGAGAAGAUACUGACACGUUGCUGAUGCUGCUCACAUCACUCUUAGGACCAAGAUUAAUCAUGCUGCCCGUUUUUUGGAGAUUACAUCUUCAUUUUCGGUCCAUUUGUGGCAUGAAGAGCUUGCGUUGGGCUACGGCCUCGACAGAGGGGACCACCACAAACUAUACUGGGAAACAGAGUUCAAACCUGUGGCAGAAAAACUUCUGGACAGAAUUCAGACCCAUCGCUCCUCUGUUUCCACUGCGAUCAUUACUGCAUUUUAAUCUGUUUGGGGCUUUUAUUUAUUUAUUUAUUUUUGUGAUGUAGAUUGUACAGAUAUAUUUUUGCAAUAUGUGUUGCCGUUGGUAAGUGUGUUGGACAGCACAGGAAGUUAACGUUUAGAAAGCUGGUAAAGUCUAUAUUUAUAUAAGGGAUACAAUCUUUUAAAGGGGCUUGCCUGAAAUUUUUGCAUUGUAAUUACAUUUUAGAAUAUAUUUGAGUUUCUCAAGCACCCAUUCAGUAAGAUUCUUCUUGGCUGGCAAAAAGAAAGAAAACUAUUUGCUGAACCUCUCAUUUUAAAGGGGAAUUAUCAGUGGAUACCGGGAUCCUGUGUGCCAUAAAGGAAUAUUGCUUGUUAGAAGCAGUCUCUUACCCAAAGACUUGGACACACUUUUACUUUAUAUGAAAUUCUGCAACAGAAUAACCUAAGUGCUAGGGUGAGCAUACUGGAGUGUUACAUCAUGGGAUUCCCUCUUCACACUGAAGACUCUCACAGUCAGGAGGUAAGUUGCUCUUCAGAGAUCCCCCUUUCUUUACCUGAUGCCAUAUCUCACAUCUUUCUUUACCUUAUGCCAUGGGCUCACGUCUCCAUCCAUGGGGCUAAACCAGGGCUGCCCCCUACAUAGUUCACAUUCCUUAUGGUUGCUCUUGGCCUGUUCAUUGGCCAUGUGGUACAUGUACAAUCUACAGAAGAGACCUUAGCACAGUUUGGCUCUGACAGCAGUUCUGCUGAACUCAAAAAGAUCUGUUCUUUAUCUUUGAUCUAUUCCUUAUUGUUCUUUCUUUUGCCAUUUUAAUUUUAGCUAAAGUUGAGAGGGGAGAUAAACAGCUUCAAUGCCCCAUUUGCUCCUUGGCUAAAAGAGUGGAUGUGGUUUUCAGGCAAAUGAAAGAAGGCACGAUGGGUAAGAGAGUGCUGGAGGCAUUUGUUCUUGGCAUUCGCAUCAAGGCAGAAGGCAGGAGAACACCAUGCUGCGUGGUGCAGGGUGGGGAUGCAGCGAACAGACCUCGUGGCUAAGUCCUGUCAGAAGCUCUAAUCAGAACUGAGAAAUCCUCAGUCUGUCAGAAGGCAGCCGGAAAAAGACUUCUUGCUCAAGUCCUUGUGAUGGCAGAAAUGUAGGCAAUUAAAAUUAGUUCAAAGAAAAUGUUAGUUAUUUCAGUAAACGCAAGUUAUUGCAGUAGUUUAAGCAACUGAACUGUAAACAACAGUGUAGGGUGUCCUGUAGCAUAGCAGAACAGGAUGUCCCAAACUGGAGGGAGAAGCUGGGACAGCCCAUGGGUGUUACCUCUGUCCCUGCGUUAAGGGUUUGUCCUGUGACAGUGUUAGGAAGAGGCAAGCAUAGGAAUGCUAAGGAGGGGAGAGGACAGCUGAAGCCUCAGAGAACCCAUGGAGCCUCACAGGUCUGUCUCUUUUCCUGAGCAAAACUCCUUAAUAAUUGUAAGCCCCAAAAUACUGAAUUUUUUGUGUAUUCCUAUGGCAUCUUUUAUCAUGUGGUUGUGUUUAUGACAAACCUCAAUGCAGGAGUUCUCUUGUGGUGGCAGGAGCCAUUUCUAUUUAGAGACCAAGCACAUAGCCUCUUGCACUGUUGUUAUUUUUUCUGCCUUGGGAGAGUGUGUUCUCAUGCACACGUGCAAAGUUUUGAACUGAAACUGUGAAGAUGUAAAGCCAGGGGCUGCUGGGGAGGACUGUGAAUUGCCCAUGGGCAGAUGGGUCUGUCACGCUCCCAUGUGUAGAGAUGAUAGAAAACAAAUGCUGGUUUUGUUAUUUUACUGUGCCUCAUGUGGGCCCAUGCAGCAGCCAGCUGUUAGCUCCCAUCCCUCCUGCUAGCACAGGCUGGGUGUGUUCAUGCUGUCCUGGGAGGAAGGCCACAGCCACGCCGUCUCCUUCCAUGGCCUUUUGGACAGGUUCCCCCACCUACAUCUUUUGGAGUGAGUUGAGUUGCCGCCACUACUUGCCCACGAUGCGUGGGGAGCACUGAGGUAUUGUUUCUGCAUGCACAGAAGCUGCUGCACUGUGUGGCCACGGGCUGAAGCUCUGCAGGAGCUGCUCAGGGCUGACAGCCUGCAGCAGCCACUCACAUGAGUGUUUGCAGAGGUGUCGUGGCUUCUUCCUCACCCCCAGCAUCACACACAGCUUGUGCUCCGUGCAGCAGGAGCCAACUGCCUGGAGUGUGACUGUCACUGGCACCUUCACCAUUUUCAUGUGUAUAAAGAUGACACUGCUCUUAACAGCCUUACUCUUCUUGUUCUUAGGACCUCAAGUGCCGUAACACCAUUCAUGGGAAAGCCCAAAUGUUUUCAGACCCUUACUCUCAGGUAAGCAGCUCUGUGUGUAGUUAGGAUUGGCUGUGAGCACUGUUUGAAAAUGUGGCAGGAAGAAGCCUUUGCACACACAGCUUGCUCUUUGAAAAGGAAGAGGGUGCCUGCAUAUGCCAGCUUGUGGCUGGAAAUAACAGGUGAGGCUUUGUGGAAGUCUGCAUAUCUACCUCUGAGCUGAUAAAUGAGCAUCAGGAGCAACAGAAGCUGCAGAAAAUCAAUUUCCAAAGUGGGAAAAACUACUUUUUUUU